GCAAGUCUCGAGUCCCACUCCAUCGAAAACUCUCUGGAGCAAGCCCUAGAGCCGUACCUGGAGAGCUGUAUUGAGAUCCUGACGGCGAUGGAUGCCACCAGCCCAGAUAUCUGCCGCGGGAUCUCAGUGCAUCGGGCGCUGCAACGCGCACCUCGAAAGUGGGCGCGUGCAGACUUCGAGGGAAUGCAUGCUCUUAGCCAGAAGACGGCGCAUUUUCACGAGUUCUGGUCCCACAGCUGGCGAACGAAGAACUGGUUGAAGUAUCUGAACAUCCUGUUCCUGAACAACAGUUUGCCGGCCUCCGUUGUUGGCACGGUGUGUGCCCUUCUAGCAUUCUUCUUGAGCUUCACUGGGCUUCUGCCGGUUUGGGCAGGCGAAGAAACGGGAUAUAUUUGGUGCACCCCUGCUGGAAUAUUUGGCUACUACAUGGCUUUAGUGCUUUGGAGGUCACAGAAGCUCGCUUUCCUCGACGUUGCCUGCAUACAUCAGACGGAUUCCAGCUUGAAAGCCGAGGCCCUGGUCAGCAUGGGUGCUUUCCUGAAGAAGUCACAGUCGCUCCUGGUUCUCUGGGAUGUGUCUUACGUGUCAAGGUUGUGGUGCGUGUUUGAGAUGGCGGCAUUUCUGCACAGUAAGGGGCCGAAAGCCGCGACGUGUAUUCAGGUGUGUCCAGUCUUCGUCGGCCCAGCUUUCUUGGCAGGGCAUUUGGGAUUCAGUGUGCUCGUCUUCGUCUUCCUCUGGUCGCAACUUCCCCUCAUCCCCUGGGGUGGCCUCAUUCUUGGCGGCCUCGCCCUGCCCUGCCUGGGGCUUCUGGCCGACAUGGUUCUUGCACACUGCCGCAGCAUCGAGAUGAUGCAGCAACAGCUCCGACACUUCACCUUUGCGCAGGCCAAGUCUUCGUGUUGUUCGGAAGGUCAUAUCGAUCCCACCGGAGCGCCGAUGAUCUGCGAUCGCAAGAUCAUCAGUCGCUGUAUAACUGCUUGGUUCGGAGGCACAGAGCAGUUCGAGUCCGUGGUGCGAGGUCAGGUGCUGGCAGUUUUGGUCCAUCAACUCUCCAAUCAUGUCUUCUCGUAUUGGCGCAUUGUUCAUGUCGCAGCACCAAGCCUUUGGGCAAUACUCGACGUUUGGUGUGACAACUUCGGUCGAGGUGCAUCCAGUGUACCGACGCCAUGGGAGGUGUUCAAAAUGCUCUACGACAUCAUCGUUGUUUACCUCCUGUUGCUGCCUAGUAUAUGUUCGAUUCUGCUGAGGUUAGCCUAUGCAGCUCGCCACCUAGGAGAAUGGAAGUGCACGCAGGUGUUACUCGCUGUAGGGCUCAUCGCAGUGGGGGCGCUGCUUUUGAGCCUCUAUGUGGUUGUAGAUGUCGUGAUUCGCGAUGUACUCCUUGGUGGGGGAGAGAACCCGCUGAUCGCACUUGUCACCCUUCCAUUGAUGGGCCUGAUCACCUGCUCCUUAUGGCGACGUGGUACUUACGCUUGCAUGCUUUCAAGUUUCUGCGCGCCUGAACCCCAAACCCUGCACCCUAAAUCCUAA